CUCAUUACCAAGAAGAAUUUCUCCCACAACCAGAAGGGCCAUCGGAGCUGGAGUUACCCAUGGCGGCCUUCACGGGCCAUUCUGCAGAUCCAUGCUACACUCAAUAGCCAGAUCCAAACUAUGAAUUGAGGUUUCUCAUGGAGCAGUUUGCUCGAGACAGUGAGAGAUCAUGAUCCAGGAUGGAUCUUUGUACCCAUGCCUAUCGUGAAAUAGAGGAGAUUCUCUUGAGCAUUAAGAAGAGCCUCGAUGAUCUUGAGAAAUCUUAUGCACAGCCUAAUCAAGAUCACCCUUCAGCUACUAUACUAGAGGAGGAGGAGGAAGACGAAGGCUACAAAGACAUUGUGGAGCACACAGAAGUUGUCACGGAGAGCUCCCGUGGUUAUCAUGAUCAGGAAUGUCCUGUCGUAGCCGACCACACUUUUCCACAUCCCACACUGAGCUUUGAAGAGGCAGGCAUGAGUGAGGAGAUGCAAGAAGAUCUCAUCAAAGAAAUUGCUUGGCGACUUGCCCUCCAAUCCGUGCUGGAAGAAGAAGAAGAGCAAGAAAGGGUGCAGAAAGAAGUUGUGGAGGAUGAAAAAAGUAAAACAGAUGGAGUUCUUGAUCAUUUCCCAGGGGUGAUACCACAGGAAGAAGGAAGAGGGGGUUGAAGAAGCAAUUGGCGUCCAGGCCGAGGACGAAGUUGAGGUGGAAGAGGCUUGCACUGGCCAUGAGUUACAUGUGAUAUCUCCACCAAACUUCGAGGAACUACUUAGCAAGGACCCAUUUGCAGUGUCUCUUUGCUAGACCAAGGCCACAUCGACAUCAGUCCCUCUUGGUGGACGCGAUGGUGGUCAAUCGAUGUUGUCAUAUCUGGUUUCGGGCAAUGAGACGAGAGAAGAGAAGAAGAGGUCUUGAGGGUGGAGACUUCAUCUGCAUCAAGUGAACGAGCUUCCAUCACUUGUCAUGUCACAUGCUCGUGACUUGAGACUCCACCUCAUCGACGAGAACCUCAACUUCAAAGAGGUUUUGAGAUGGGACGAAACUUAGGAGCCAUCUUCCGGCUCACGACGUGAAAGAAGCGCUUGUUGGGAGGCAACCCAACCAGUCGGUUUGCAUUUCUUUCUCUAUUUCUCCUCGGUUGAGUCAGUUUUGUUCUUUGAUUUUAGAGUCAAUAACUCAACCUUUGUGAGAUUUUGUGUGGUGUUUGUGUUCCAACUAGUCUCUCCUCCUAGAAUACACCGCCUGCCCCGUCCACCAUCAUUCACCCUUGAUCUGGUAACUUCGUUCUACCCUCCUUAUCUUUCCUCCAUUGAGGAAAAUGUCGUGCUUAAGUGUGAGGGGAUGUUCGAUUAUGUAUGCGGGUGAAUGUUUGGUUGUUUGUGUGCUUGGAGCCUAGUCCACUGUCCAAAUUUUUAAAUUUGAGGGCUCCAAGUACGUGCCUCCUUGCAAAUUGCAUGCUCAGUAUUCUUUGAAUUGACAGUCUCUAUAGUAAUGUGCAACCUAGGGAGGUAGUGUAGCACUAUGGAGGAUGUUGAAGUAUAAGAUUUUUCCUAUCUAGCUCUCUGUUGUGCCAGUUGAUUUUGUGGAUUAGUGGAGCUAAGACCGUUGAAUUCAUGUGGUAAUGGUGACUCUGUUUGGAUUGUGUUAUGGACUCGUGUAUCGAACAGGGUGCUCAUGUGGGAAAUGAAAAGCAGUUGGUCCUCCAUGUCGAAAUCAUUGAAAUCUUAAACAUGGGGUAAGCCCAACGUGUGUGGCACCGUUCAUUGCACAAAAUCGGGUUUUGGAAGAUAUUUUAGUGAUCCUUAGUGGGGUACUCCUACAAGGUGAAGCUAAGCUAUCUCUAGUACAAGUAAAAUUUUCACCCGUUGUGAAUGAAAGUGAAAUAGGUUA